GUGGCUGCAAGAAGAUAGCUUGGUGCUUGGGAACUAAAGGUCAGAAUUGCCUCCCAUCAGGUAUGGGCUCCAUGGCUAUCUCUGGGACACUGAGGGCAGCCACACCCCCAUAUUGUCCAUUCACAAUGAGCCUUACAGAUGACUUGGGGUUCUGGGACAUCUGUGUUCUUCUGUCUCAUCUAAGUUUGGCCAUUGGUGAGAACAGGGCUUGAUUUUGAUUUAUGGUGGUGUCACUGUGGUUUCAUUCCUGCCCACCGUACCCACUGUGCACAGUGGAGCCUUCCUGCCCCUGGCCCUGCCCCCUCCCUAGUCUCAUUCAGGUGACCCAGGGGGUUUCUAGAGAUGGGGCAUCUGAACUAAAACCUGACUGUAGAUAAGGUCUGUAGGUGGGCAAGAGCCAGUGUGUCUGAGGCUGAGACCCGAGUGAAUCUGGCUAUAGAAUGGGAAGUCCUGACAUGGCAGGACAUCAGUGAGAAGCAGGAGGGGAAGGGCCCCGGGGUGAUGCUGGCCUGAAUCUGUAAGACACAUUGUCACAAUCCCAGAUUGCCUCAGUAGAGGCCCCAGCACUGACAGUCAAUUGCCAAGCUGCUAAUCUCACAUCUGUCCCUGGAAUUGGAGCUGGACUGGCUGGAAGGUUUCUCAGAGAGCAUCCUCUCUGUGGCACCUCAGUCAUGCACAUCCCAGCAGCAACACUUCUCAACACCGCAGUGUCCUAGCACUCAUAGCAUCUGCCUAGUACCCACUGGGUGCCAGCACUACUGUUUCCCCAGUACCUCUGUGCUUAGGCACCACCAUAUCCCAACACCUCUGCCCAGAACUACCAUGCCCUUGGUACCCAUUGUGCCCCACCAUGCUUCUAGCACCUACUUUGGCAAGCUUGGGUGCUGCUUGGCUAGUCUGCUCAGGAAUUGGAGAGGAGAUCCCAAGACAGCUAGAGCCCUGGGUGCCACUCCAGUUUGCCUAGGCCCCCCAGUGCUUGGCUGGAGCCACAGAGAUGCCCUCUCUGUAUAGCCUGCCCAACUCAAGACAUGCAGAGGAUGCCCACAGGUAACCGGACUGGGAAAGCCGACUGGGGGAGGUAUCCAGGCUUUCUGGUAAGGAUACAGUUCUCAGGGUCACAGCACUUGGCCCAGGAGCAACGCUCUCCUCUCUUUAGUUGUUAUGUGGCAAUGGGUAGAGGAGAUACCCUCCACCCUGUGUUGACAUCUGUGUAAUAGGGACAGUAUUGUCCCCACCAUGAGUCAGUAGCUGGCUGGGAAGAACUGGAACUCUCAGGUCCCUGCAUGCAACAGGUCCAGUAAAGGUCUCACGGACAGGAGUGGCCAGCAGUACAGCCAUGCAACUGUGCCUGGGAGGCCUGGCUCUGUCCAGCCCAAGUCACACUGGAAGACUUCCUGGAAGAGGCUGAGACUAGAGGGUGGUGUCGGGCCUAGGAGCAGUAUAGCCUUUGCCAGAGAACAACAGCUGCCCCCGCAGAGCAGGCAGAGCUGGGGCAGCAGGGUGGCGCCAUGGCCAUCCUAACGGGAUGCACGUGGGAGGCAGGGUUAAUCAUUAUCGUGUAACCUUGACCCCACCUGCCCUGGCCACAUUCCCUGGCUACUCUGCUCCUGCUACACCUCGCGCCAGCUCAGGAGGAGCCAUGGGGCAACGGGCCUGGUUCCGGAGCCUCUGUUCCUUACCCAGGCCAUGUCCCUUCCUGCUGCUCCUGCUGCUGCUGGCGGUGCCUCGGAGGGCCCAGCCCCAGGCUGGCAGGAACCACACAGAGCCCCCAGGACCUAAUGUUACAGCCACCCCCAUGAUCCCCACGAUCCCUGCGACCCCUGGGAACUUCAGCACCUCAACAGAAACUGCUCCAGAGGCAGAGGCAGAGACUGAGGGACCCCAAAGUGAGAGGUCCCUUCCUCCCUCCAGCAGCAGCAGCCCCCUUGGGGGCCAAGUGCUCACCGAGUCCGGGCAGCCAUGCAGGUUUCCUUUCCGCUAUGGUGGCCGCAUGCUGCACUCCUGUACCUCUGAGGGAAGUGCCUACAAGAAGUGGUGUGCCACAACACACAACUAUGACCGAGACCGGGCCUGGGACUACUGUGCAGAGGCCACGCUGCCUGUGGAAGGCCCAGCUGCCCCAGAUCCUUGUGCCUCUGGGCCCUGCCUCAAUGGGGGCACAUGCUCCAGCACCCAUGACCAUGUGUCCUACCACUGCUCGUGCCCGCUGGCCUUUACAGGCACGGACUGUGGCACAGAGAAGUGCUUUGAUGCAACACGCUACGAGUAUUUUGAGGUGGACGACCACUGGGUCCAUGUGAGCGAGGGACAUGUGGAGCAGUGCAGCUGUAUCGAGGGCCAGGCCCGGUGUGAAGACACCCACCACACAGCUUGUCUGAGCAACCCGUGUCUGAAUGGAGGCACCUGCCACCUGAUUGUGGGCACAGGGACCAGCGUCUGCACCUGCCCGUCAGGCUAUGCUGGGCGAUUCUGCAACAUCGUUCCCACUGAGCGCUGCUUCCUGGGAAAUGGUACAGACUACCGUGGCGUGGCCAGCACCUCCGCCUCAGGCCUGAGCUGCCUGGCCUGGAAUUCUGACCUGCUCUACCAGGAGCUGCAUGUGGACUCAGUGGGUGCUGCUGCCCUGCUUGGCCUGGGCCCUCACGCUUACUGCCGGAACCCAGACAAGGACGAGAGGCCUUGGUGCUAUGUGGUGAAGGACAACGCACUGUCGUGGGAGUAUUGCCGCCUGGCAGCCUGUGAAUCCCUGGCCAGAGUCUAUUCCCGAACCCCGGAGGUCCUAGUGACCCUGCCUGAGUCAGCCCCAGCGGCACGUCCGGCCUGUGGCAAGAGGCACAAGAAGAGGACCUUCUUGAGGCCACGCAUCAUCGGUGGCUCGUCGUCUUUGCCUGGCUCACACCCCUGGCUGGCUGCCAUCUACAUUGGGGAUGGCUUCUGCGCUGGGAGCCUUGUCCACACCUGCUGGGUGGUGUCUGCAGCCCACUGCUUCUCCAACAGCCCCCCCAGGGACAGCAUCACAGUGGUACUGGGUCAGCACUUCUUCAACCGCACAACGGAUGUGACACAGACAUUUGCCAUUGAGAAGUAUGUUCCCUACACCCUGUACUCGGUGUUCAACCCCAACGACCAUGACCUUGUCUUGAUCCGGCUGAAGAAGAAGGGAGAGCGCUGCGCUAUCCGCUCCCAGUUUGUUCAGCCCAUCUGCCUGCCUGAGGCGGGCGGCUCCUUCCCUACUGGACACAAGUGUCAGAUCGCGGGCUGGGGUCACGUGGAUGAGAAUGUGAGCGGCUAUUCCAGCUCCCUGAGGGAGGCACUGGUCCCCCUCGUUGCUGACCACAAGUGCAGCAGCCCUGAGGUGUAUGGUGCAGACAUCAGCCCCAACAUGCUCUGUGCCGGUUACUUCGAUUGCAAGUCCGAUGCCUGCCAGGGGGACUCAGGCGGGCCCUUGGUCUGUGAGAAGAACGGUGUGGCUUACCUGUAUGGUAUCAUCAGCUGGGGCGACGGCUGUGGGCGGCUCAACAAGCCGGGAGUCUACACCCGUGUGGCCAAUUACGUGGACUGGAUCAACGACCGCAUCCGACCGCCCAAGCGACCCGCGGCUACCUCCUGAACCCCGGCCCUCAACGAGGAGAUGCUCAUAAUUCCCUUUCUACUACCAACAAUAAAAAUGUU